CAGGCGCUGGGGCCCAAAGCACAUUCCACUGGCCCUUCCCUGAUCCGGCCCAGCCCGGCAAAGGCACAGGGAACCACGGCCUCCAAAGGGGCUCCAGGGACCCCCGCUUCACGGUCUGCGGCGCCCGGGUCCUGGCCAAGGCGGCGGGGAGAAUACCCAGCCCCCAGGGACGUCGACGCUCGGCAGUCCCAUUCUGCAUGGCCCUGUGCGGGAAAGUGGACACGCGAAGGCCAGGUGGAGGUCGGCCUUCGGGAGAAGCAGGGGCCACCCAGAAAGGGACCGGAGCACCUUUCCAACCUCGGAGUCCCCUGGGGGCUGCCUCCUGGAGUUUCCGCUGGGCUGCAGGCUGCGGGUGGCUGCGUCCCCCGGGAGGCCGAGGUGGGCAGUGACACCGACCAGGUGCUCCGGUUUCCUGGCUCCCCUAGGGCGGUCCUCCUGCCAGCGGCUCUGUGCGCUGGCCCUACUCCCACCUCGGGGUGACACCGACCAGAGUUAAUGCAGUGAGCAAACAGAAAGGAAUACAGAAACAAGGAAUGAGGAAGCUGAGUGUAGCCCAAGAAGAAUAUGGGGCCCAGAAGGUGAGCAGAGAGAAAGUGUCGGAUUCAUGGUUGAAAGGAUUAGAAGUGGUGAACAGUGUGCAGACAGCCUUGUUUUCUCCACAUUCAUCCAAACAGCCCCUCGAGAUGCAGGCACUGGUUUCUGCCUUAUUUCUCUGCAGGAAGAGAAGGUUCUGAUGGUCUGAUUCUGAUUGUCCCACAGUCCAGCAAACCACCUUGCUCUGCCUGGGGUCCCCAGCAUCGCUUCUGCCUGCUAACAGUUGAAUCACGGGAUAAUGCCUCUUGCCUUGUGGACAGUGUGGGUCUUGGGGGCCGUAAUCAUCCUGUUUAAGGAAGGGGCCUCUGAUCAGGCUUCUCCUCUGACUUGUGACUCCACUGGUGUCUGCGAUGGCCAGUCUAGAUCUUUAAUCUCCAUCCCCUCUGAGCUCACGGCAACUAUGAAAAGCCUUGACCUGUCCAACAACAAGAUCACCUAUGUCAGUGACAGUGACCUGCGGAACUGUGUGAACCUCAGGGCUCUGAGCCUGAAGUCCAACAAUAUUAACACAAUAGAGGAAAAUUCUUUUUCCUCCCUGGGAAGCCUCGAACAUUUGGACUUAUCCCAUAACCACUUACCUAAUUUAUCAUCGUCCUGGUUCAGGCCCCUCUCUUCCUUGAAAUUCUUAAACUUACUGGAAAAUCCUUACAAAACACUUGGGAAAACAUCUCUUUUUUCUCAUCUCACCAAUUUGCGAAUCCUGAAAGUAGGAAAUACGCGCACCUUCACUGAGAUUCAGGAAAAGGAUUUUGCUGGGCUAACUUUUCUUGAGGAGCUUGAGAUUGUUGCUUCCAAUCUGCAAAGGUAUGAGCCAAACAGUUUGAAGUCAAUUCAGAACAUCAGUCACCUGAUCCUUCAUCUAAAGCAGCCUGUUUUCCUUCUGGAUAUUGUUGUAGAUCUUUUAAGUUCUUUGGAAUAUUUUGAACUGAGAGAUACUCAUUUGAACACUUUCCGUUUUCCAGAAGUAUCCAUCAAGGAAACCAAUACAUUGAUUAAAAAGUUAAAAUUUAGAAAUGUGGAAAUCACUGAUAAAAGUUUUAAUGAAGUUGUGAAACUGUUGAGUUCUGUUUCUGGAGUGUUAGAUGUGGAAUUUGAUGAUUGUACCCUUGAUGGAGUUGGUGAUUUUGACCCAUCUGUUUGGGAUAGAAUUAGAAAUGCAGUUAAAAUAGGGACAUUAACAAUACGGAGGUUGCAUAUUCCACAUUUUUACUCAUUUUAUGACCUGAGUAGUGUAUAUUCACUUGCAGAAAACAUUAAAAGAAUCACAAUAGAAAGCAGUAAGGUUUUUCUGGUUCCUUGUUCACUUUCACGACAUUUAAAAUCAUUAGAGUAUUUGGAUCUCAGUGACAAUUUAUUGAUUGGAAACUUAUUGAGAAACUCCGCCUGUGAGCAUGCCUGGCCCUCCCUACAAACCUUAAUUUUAAGGCAAAAUCAUUUGACAUCAUUAGAUGAAACUGGAGAAAUUUUGCUUACUCUGAAAAACCUGACUAACCUUGAUAUCAGUAAGAAUAAUUUUCAUCCUAUACCUGAAACUUGUCGGUGGCCAGAAAAGAUGAAAUAUUUGAACUUGUCAAGCACAAGAAUACACAGUUUAACCUCUUGCAUUCCCCAGACACUGGAAAUUUUAGAUGUUAGCAAUAACAAUCUCAAUUCAUUUUCUUUGCUUAUGCCACAACUCAAAGAACUUUAUAUUUCCAGAAAUAAGCUGAACACUCUACCAGAUGCCUCCUUCUUACCCAUGUUACUAGUCAUGAGAAUCAGCAGAAAUACAAUCAAUACUUUUUCUAAGGAGCAACUCGAUUCUUUUCAAAACCUGAAGACUUUGGAAGCUGGUGACAACAACUUCAUUUGCUCCUGUGAAUUCUUGUCUUUCACUCAGAAGCAGCAUGGCCUGGCCCAAGUCCUGAUUGAUUGGCCAGAAAACUACCUGUGUACCUCUCCAUCCCAUGUGUGGGGCCAACGGGUUCAGGACACUCACCUCUCCAUUUUCGAGUGCCACCAGGCAGCUCUAGUGUCUGCCUUGUGCUGUGCCAUUUUCCUGUUGAUCCUGGUCACUGGGGUGCUGUGCCACCGUUUCCAUGGAUUGUGGUACAUGAAAAUGAUGUGGGCCUGGCUCCAGGCCAAAAGGAAGCCCAGGAAAGCUCCCCACAGGGACAUCUGUUAUGAUGCCUUUGUGUCUUACAGUGAACAGGAUUCCCACUGGGUGGAGAACCUCAUGGUCCAGGAGCUGGAGCACUUCAACCCUCCCUUUAAGUUGUGUCUUCAUAAGCGGGACUUUAUUCCUGGCAAAUGGAUUAUUGACAAUAUCAUUGACUCCAUUGAAAAGAGUCACAAAACUAUCUUCGUGCUUUCUGAAAACUUUGUGAGGAGUGAGUGGUGCAAGUAUGAACUGGAUUUCUCCCAUUUUCGUCUCUUUGAUGAGAGCAACGAUGCUGCCAUCCUCAUUCUUCUGGAGCCCAUUGAGAAGAAGGCCAUCCCCCAGCGUUUUUGUAAGUUGCGGAAGAUAAUGAACACCAAGACCUACCUGGAGUGGCCUACUGACGAAACGCAACAGGAAGGGUUUUGGUUAAGUUUGAGAGCUGCUAUGAAGUCCUAGGUUCCUUAAUGAAAGGCCAGUCUUGGUCGGAUGAUGGUCUUUAUCACGGUAGUUGUAACUAAGUCCUUUCUGCCACAAUUCUGUAUAAACCACAGGACUGUACUAUCAUUUGAGGGCUUGCUUACUAAAACGACUAAAACUUCAAAUUUUAUCUGGAGUGCUGUUUUAUAAAAACUGCUACAAGAUUGGAGGAAAACAAUUGGCUUUUGGUUUUUCUUUUUUUUUUUAACCCAUACUUUUUUUUUAAAAACAUUUUUUUAUUGGGGAAU